GCUCACUCUGCUCUUUGUGUUCACACCUGAAGGUCACACCUCCCCUCCCAGGCCAGCGAGCUGUGACAGAGGCAUCGAGACAGCCAGAGAGCCCCAGCCCCCAGGAUGUCAGAGGAGCCGGUGAACCCCAAGAGCCUCAUGCCCACCGAGUGGAAGUCCCUGUGGAAGACAGCGGAGGAGCGGCGCAUGUCCGACCUCACUCGGGUGCUGGAGUGGCUGGAGCGCAGGCAAGGGAGGAGGAAGCAGACUCCGCAGAAACAAAAGAGCAAGAAGGAGACGUCCCCCAAAGCAGGUGGAAAGGAACAGAAGAAGGGCAAAGGCAUCUCGAGACAAAAGGGAGGCCCCGGCAAGACCUCGAAGCAAAAUUCCACAAGGGAGGAGAGCUCCGUGGCCACCCGAAGACUCCUCAGCGUGGACCAGAAGGGAAGACAUCUCAGCACCUUCUCCAAGGACAGUACCAGGAAAUCUGACUUAGACAUUAAGGACAACAUCUCCCUGGAGUCCACCCAGCGGCAAAACCCAUUCCGUCGGCAGAGCAGCAUCUUGGACCCCAUGUUACAGGAGAGCAUCUUUAACAACCGGAGGAUGUCCCUCAUAAGAGACUGGACGAGCAAGACCCCCGACUCCACUUACGAACGCAAGCUCAAGAGCCUCAUGGAAAAGGGCAAUGAGCCGAAGGUGGAGUCCAUGAAAAUGCUGAAGCCGGAGGAGGUGCUGAGCUGCCGGUACCUGAGGUUGUCCAAGAACAACAUCCGGACCUUGCUGAAGCUGUGCCGAGAUGCAGGGCUGAACGUGGACAUCCACCCCCACAUGGUGGAGGGGGAGAUAGAUACGAGGAAGGUCUUCACGCGGACCCCCAGCAUAGCCCUCUGAGGAGCUCUGCCCUCCGCCCACUGCCUUCAGACCCCUCCCGCCCUCGCACCCUUGACCACCAGGCGCCAGCCCCUGGCCUGCCGCAGCUGGGCCUCAAGGCUCAGCGCAGCCCCUCCCAGAGGGUGACAAUGAGAAGGCAUGACUGCAUGAGUCACCGUGCUGCCCUAGGUUUGUCCUCGAU